AUUAUAAUACUUAGCGCCAGAUAGAAGUACGAACUUGCUGAAAAUGCUUCGACUGACUUUUUGAUAAGCAAAACCUUUUUGAUGGUCCUAGCAGGCUUCAAUAAAUGAGGUACAGUCAGGAAGAAAGUUACCACUUGCAAAACUAUGUUUCCAGUGAGGAGGGAGUUAGUUGGUAAGCGAUUUGCAUAUAUUCAUGGGAAUGGAAGAAGCGGCACUCGCCAUCGAGGUUCGGUGUCAGGCCUUGAUCAAAAUUGGGAUGCUCUCAGCUGGGUUACGGGCACGAUUCUUGCUUCAAACGUAGACGGAUUAGAUGCACAGAAUGAAUCUGUUUUUGUCAAGAGAGUCAAGGUGUUUGUUGAAUAUGAUGGGAAAUACCAGCUGCCAAAGGAGUGGAUCAAGCUAUACUCAGGGAGUCAUAGAGUUUUUCUGAUUGAAGAAAAUUUGGUGUUGUGUAGAAGAAAUGAUGGAGGCAUUUAUGGACAGCAAAGUUACAGCUGGCCUGCUCUGCGAAUGGUUCCUGUUCUUGAUAGAAAUUUUUUGGAUGAAAACCCCCAUCUUAUUCCAGUUGAAUACAUGGGAUCAAGAAAGCAACUGUCCUUUGUUGUGUUUGAAGACAUUAUACAACUUUUCCCAAGUGAGGACCAAUCAAUUAUGCUUGAAAGUAUUCAAAAAGAUAAAUACUUGAAAGAAGACUAUCAAAGAUGGGAAAGAAUUCAGAAAACUCAAAUGAUACUGUUGUUUGGACCAUAUUCAUUAACUGGAUGCAGAGUUGAGAUUAUUGACACAUCAAAUGGAAGAUGUUUUCGUGCUGUUAUCAUAUCUCAUGACUAUAUGAAAAGGGUAGUGGAUGUGAUGGAUGAUCAGCUUCUUAAAAGCCGCAAAGUCAAUCCCAAGCUGAUUCAUAUCAAUUUUUUGGCAUCAGAUGAAGAAAUAGACAGACUUAUGUAUGGCGAGGCACCGAAAGCCAUUCCUACAAGAUAUUCUCGUUACGGCCAUAAUAUGCAGUCAACACGAAGUCAGAUGGAUGCGGGUUUGACGGGGGAUUCGCCAAGUCAUCAAUUGCGCCAAUUUACCUUGCCUCAAUGGAUGACAAACAAUGUGCUAAUGAAUCAGGAUCAGUAUGACAACCCCUCAGCAGCGCCACAUCAGGAAUACCAACAAGAGAGUGGACUUGUGUGCAGUCCGCCGAAUUCUGUCUUGCCUUUUCAUGAUGAUCGACAGUUGGAGUCAAAUAGCAUCAGCUUGAUGAAUACACCAGAUCGUGGGAGGCAAAUGCUGGAUAUGCAAGAUGGAAUGCAACAGAAACAGGAGCAGAUUGGCACCCCUUACAACGACGCUCAGCUGCAUCCUAUUUUGGCUUCGAAGUCAGGGAGCAGUUCAACAAAUAUCAUGAUGUCUCCAAUGCAACAAUCAAGCCAUUUAUCUUCCAUGUGUCCCUCACCAUUGCAUAAAUCCCUUUACCCUAAAGACAAGCAACAUUUUCGUUCGCCAGCGUCUUCUGUUGGUUCUCCUGCAAGCUUGAUGGAUUUUCAAACUCAAGAAAGGCCAGAUACUGCCCCUUGCAUCGAUACCAGCAGCAAAAAAAGAUUUUCGCCCAACUCAAGAUUGUCUUCUCCAAAAGGGCAGAUUGCAGAGUUGUACUCAAGUUUUUCACGACGGCCUAACAGCUUCGAAAGCCCCCCAUUUAAUUAUGAUGGACAUUUACAACUUGGCGGCUGCCAUCCAUCGAAUUUAGUAAGAGAUGGUUCCACAGACAAGUGGUCUUCUCCUAGUCAGCAGUCAACUAUGUCACAGUUAGACCGGUCAUUUACAGACUUCCACAGACGAUCAUCAUUGCCUGAAGGGCUUGGUUUUAAGGAGCGACCAGAUUUGCAUAAUCUUCAAAAUGCGGCUAGCCCCUCUCAUUUGGCUGAUGCUUUCACUGAACAACGUGCAAAGUUGAAUUUAGAGCAUCGAAUUCCCUUUGAACAAAAUUUGGAUCGAGCUGCGGAGAAGUCGCUUCAGCAAAUGCCGUUGGGGAAUAUCACAGAGAAUGAUCUGAGCCACUUCCUUAAUCAGCUUGAUGCUUCCAUGAAUGCACCCUUGAGAACGUCACCAAAUGCCCAAGGUAUGCACAUUCAUUCCAGGGAACACAUUCAGGCCGUACGCAGCAUGCUCGGAUCUGCACUUAGUAACACCGAGUCUCCGCGGGAUGAAAUGCUCAGUCAUUUCCAGCAGAAGCUUGCCAGAUACUAUUCACAGUUUCAAAAACUUGAGCCGGCUGACCCCAGACAGCUGCAAGACACCUACGAGCAUCGACUAGUAAAGCAAUAUUUUGACCGGCUCCAUGCAACAAUGCCUUCGCAAAGACGCAACUGCCCAAGCGCCCCACCUUUGAAUCUAUCACGUAGUUUGAGUAUGGACAACUUCCACCCUGCUGCAGGACAAUUCAGUAUGUCACCUCCAAGUGGGGUGCUGAAGAAGCCAAGAGCAAAAAGGCCCCCAAGAAAGCCAAAGCGAGAAAAAUCCAAAGAUGACACAGCUAAACCGUCAAUUGAGGCUACAAAGAAAGUUUCUUCGUUGAUAUCAGGACAGCUUGACAAGACAGUAGAACCGAAAACUGAGAGCAACACGGACACCAAAGCUGUUGGGAAAGGUAACGAGCAAAGGAAACCUGAGUUGUUGAGUGAGAAGUUGGACUCUUUGAGUUUGCCCAUUUCUGGCAGUGUUGCAUCUGCAUCUUCAGAGCAUGAUGGCCAGGCAUCAAAGUUUCCAGUCGAUGAACAAAGGCGCAAACAACGAGAUGAGACUGAGUUGGCGAAAAACGUGACCGAUGGUGAAUUAAAGGCAGUGACAUUUGAUAAGGAAGAUGUAGUCUGCGGGCAUAAGGAGAACAUUUCCAAUCAGGACAUUCCAGCUCAGGUUGCCUUGGCUGCUGCACGUGGGACCGAAGGCUCUCAAUCAAAUACUGCUAAUGAAGAGGUACCAUUUGAUUCAGAAGGACAAAAAUUGCCAUCAGAAGCUUUGUGGUUUGAAAACACAAAGGAUGGACAGAAAACAAUAUCUAGCAAAAAUGUAACCGGAGAACGUGUUACUGAUAAAGACAAUGAAAUGGGUGGCAAAGCAAAUAAAAUAUCAAGUAAUGAAAUCCUUGAGCAGCCACCUUCUCCUGAGUUUUUGCCUAUGAAGGACAAGGAAUCAGAGAUUCUUUUUGAAACGAAUAAUGAGGAAAAUUCCGUUUCUGGUGGUGUGGAGACACAAAGUCAACCGAAAACUCCCCCAAAGAUACCUCAGCCUGAAGUGUCCCCCCAGAGUCUCAAAGAUAGAGAAAUGAGUGGUGGAACCCCAAACAUUGGACAAGAAAAUAUUGAAGAUGGAGGAAAAUGUAGCCAAUCGAACAAAGUAUGUUUGCCUUUGGUUGAAUAUGAUUCAGUUAAUGAGCCUGUUUUCCCAGAGACUAAAACUGAUUUAAGUGAAACUAAAGUUGAUUCAGCUGUGGGUAGCCAAAUAAAUGAUACAGGAGAGAAAAGAGGGGCUCUGAGCCCCAAGGUACCAACAGCAUCAUUACCUUUUUCGUCCUUAGGCAUAAAUGUAGGCACGAUUUUCAGUGGAACGCCUAGAGAGGAUAAAGACGCUAAGAUCAUCCGUAAUAUGUACGGAAGAACACUUUAUCAUUCAAACCAAAAGGGGCCAAGCCUUCCCCAUCAGCUCAGAACUGAUAAAAUAAUUCAAGAUUUGUCGUUACCUGGUAAAAAGAUAAAUGAACUGCAACACCAAGAACCUCAUGAUGAAUCUAGCACUGUUGGGGAUUUGAAACAAAAAGAAGCUACAACAGAAGAGAAAGUUGAGAUUAAUGAACCGAAGAAAAUAUUGCAUUCUCCAACAUCAGCAUUGAGAGAGAUGUUAACCGACGUAACAAAACUAGCAGAGAAGAAAUCACAAGACAAUGUCACCAUUGCUGAAGGCAGCUCAGAUAAACCUGUUGAGAAGCCAAUUAAAAUCAAAGGCGAGCAAAGGAAAAGAAAAUGUAGACAUAAGAGGAAGCCUUGUAAGUGCGAGGCCUUACAGCAACAAUCUGAUGAGCAACAGCGUAAUUUCAUGACAGACCGAGGACAAGGAAUGGUCAUGCCGUUUGCAAAUUUACAGUUCUAUGCCCAAGCACAAGAAAACCGGAAUGUAUCUUCAACGCCAUCUAGGCUGAAUGAAAGGGAGAUUGCUACAGCAAAGGACUUUUCUUCACUUGAUGCGUCAUUACCAAUUGAAUAUCAGCAAUCAAGUCUUAUAAAUUCUUCAGAAAGGCAACCUUAUUCUACCAUGCAUUUUCAAGAGCCAUCUUUUAGCGUUAUCGAAAGCAAGGAAGUCGGUGAAAGCACUUUCAUUGCUGCACCAGUUUCCAAUUCAGCACUGCCUUCAAGGCUUCCUCCAAGUCUGUUACAAGAAACGCCCUUUUUCCCCACUCAGCAAGAACCAUCUAUUCCCAGUGCUGGUAAAGUGCAAAGCUUCAGUGGGGUAGCUGAAGGAACAUCUGAAAAGGCUUUCAAGGGUACAACUAACGUGAAUCAGGCUGGCACCCAAGGAAUCAUACAUUGGAAAGAAAAGACACCCGGUCAGGUGGUCAAAAAAAAGGCCAAAUGCAGGCACAAGAGAAAGCCUUGCAAGUGUGAAAUCGAGGCUGCUGCAAUGGUCGACGCUCAUUUGGAUCUUUUAAGAUAUUUGGACCAAUCGAGUGACGUAGGUCCUGGUGGGAAUAACUUGGCGGAUAUUCCAAAGCAAGUUUUUGAAGAGGAAGGUGGAGAAACAAGCACAGCUUCAACAUUUGCACCACCGGCAGUUGUUGUUGCUGCUGCUGAUAAUGAUGCCUCUGAAAGUCCUUUUGUGCUUCCUGGCCAACAUAAAAUUAUACACACACCUGAACAGUCAGGAGACUCUAGCUGGACUAUGUCUAAACCUGAUAUCACACUGCCAAGUUUCGCUGAAAUUUCUAAAAUGGCAGUUAAGGCCCUAAAUCCAGAAAACAAUACCUUGGAAGGAAAUAAAUUAGCGGAAGGUUUGAUGGAUAUAAAGCCAUUGAAAUACAUUUCUUCUGCCGCUUCCGAUGCUUCUCCAAACAAGCAGAGAGUGAUUACCAUGCCAAAUAUUGCACCAACAAUGGAAGUCACAAAUAUUCCAGGUACUUCAAAUGCAAGUCAACCUCUUGCCAAUGUAAAUCCAUCAACUCCUCCUGCGAAUUCAGGCAAUGACUCUUCUCAAGUGAAAACCGGGAAAAAGACAGCGCGAUCUGCAAGUGGGCGAAAAUGUAGGCACAAACGGAAACCCUGUCGCUGUGAUGCAGAGCCUGCUAUGGCGCAUCUGGAAAAUCUUAAAUUGAGCACUGCUGGUGAAAUUCCAAUUGCACAUCUAAGAAACGAGGCAAGAGAAUCCUUGUCCAACCUUAUGCAGCAAGGCACGGGACCUUUUACUGGUCAAGUAAAGCCAUACACAGGGGAUGAAGCAACGUUCCGCAUUCCGAAGGACCACAAUGCCACUUCGCAUGCAACGUUCACUGAUGAUCCUAGCAAAAAAUCGGAUGAAGACAUCCAGUUAAAAGCGGGUGCUUUAAAAAAUAAUGGGAAUUCUAACCAAAAAUUAGUUGAUAUUGGAGGCACACUAGAAACAUCUACAGAAAAUCUUGAUGUGCCGGUGAAUAAUCUAGCCAGGUUGGCUAAAGACGAUCUUACUGGAAAUAAAGACAACUCUAGUGAUGGAAAAUUCAUCAGGACACCAUCGAUCACGAUGACUGCCAGUAAGGGGGUUAAUGGUACCAGUGAAAAAUCGAGCAGUGCUGUUGCAGCUUUAGCUAAUAACUUUAAAGAUGAGAAAUCUUCAAUUGCCGUUGUUAACCCAACUGGGGAUAAGUUAAUUCAAACGCAACUAGGCAAAGUGGAAGUCGCAGAUGAACAAAAGAUUUCCAAGAUUGAUAAAUAUCAUGAGUUUAAGAGUGAAGGCAACAGAGUGCCGGUGACAGGUUCAAGUGGUAAUGGUAUUGAAAUUGGCAGUUCUAGUAAGCGAUGCACUGAAUGUAACGAAACUGAUGUUGCUGGCAAAGGAGAAAAAGCAGAAUGUGAACACGAAAGGGGAAGGCAGCAAGAGUUGGAGAAAAGAUCAAACAUUGUAGAAACAUGCAAAGCAGUUUUGGCAAAUAUGCUUGACAAUGUCACUAUGUUUGAAAAGAAAGUUAAAGGAACAAGGCGUAAAACUUCCAAACCCAAAGAUGUCGAAAAAACAGUCGGUGUGAAGUCAUUAAAAGCAAAGGCUGACAUUAUCAAGCCAAAAAAAGGCAAGGAUGCUGCGAAAUUGAAGAAGUCACAAGAGAAAAGCAAGGCGAAUUCUACAGCGAGCACUAGCAAGCCAGGAGAUACGUCUAUAGUUUCAACUGGAACAUCACCAAAGGAAGGACCAACAGAAGGACCAAACAUUUCAACUGGCAGUGCCUUUACUAUCAGUGUUCCUACCACGAUCUCCCUGCCAACAGAUCUUUUGAAUAAUGUGGGAAGCAGACUCACUGCAAGGGCCAAGAUCGUCUGCCCGGAGAAAAAUCUUUUGCCUUUGAAGGGGACACCGGUUAAUGUAAGUUUUGAUGGAGGUAAAACGUUUACUUUGGCAAAUAUUAUUGGAAUAAGAAAUGGCAAUCAGUCGUUGUUUGAAGGAAGUAAAACUGAAGGUUCUGCCGUUAAGUCAGUGUCUGAUAAGGACGAGAAUGGUUCAUUAAAACAGGUUUUGGAAAAAGAUGAAAAUAAACAAAUGAAACACAGAAACGUAAUAGAUGCAGUAGUGCUGGGUGUCUCUAAGGCCGAAAGUUUACCCGAAGAGCCAAAAGGUACGGGAAAGAAACUAGAAAUGGAGAGUUUAUCUAUGCUUAAAAAGAAACUCUCAAACAAAAAGGUGGUGUCUGCUACUGAUGAUUCGUCUAAUGAAAUAGAUCAAGACGAUGAUGCGAUGGAUCAGGAGAAAGAAAAAGAAAGGAAGAUCCUGAAAGAAAGGCAAAAGAGAAGACGAAAAAAGAGCAAAGAAUUGCGAAGAAGCAAUAGAUUUAGACGGGAAAGUGAUUCGGAGAUGUCCAGUGGAAAACCACAGGUGGGGGACGAUGCAAAUGGUAUACCCCCGAGUCAACUCGUUGAUUGUCUGUUUCCCCUCUCUGAAAGUGAAAACAGUUGCGAUUUAUCAGAUGAUCCCAGCUAUAAUCCCGUGCGUCCGUUAUCGGAUCUUGUGACAAGAGGAGAGAAAAAGAAGUUGGCUUUACGCAAAGGGCCAGAUGAAAGAGAGCAACAUGAGAGUGACAAGAAAUCUUUAGAAUCCGCCGCAGUGAGCGCUAAAACACCCGAUAGUUCGAAAAGAACAACAGAAACAAGCAAGGAUGAGAUGUUUGAUUGUUGUGAUAUUCACAAAAAUUUAUUCUGCCCAAAAUGUCUUCCGUUUAGAGAAGUAGAGGGUCUUUGGCCAGCUGCAUCACGAGCUAAGGAAGUGAAUACCGCAUGGAGGAAGUUCAGCAAACAAUGUGAGAAGCAUGGUGAAGCAAAAUGCGCCAUAUGCAGGAAUUGUAAUGCGGAUAAAAAGCAUAAGGAAUUUGUUUUAGAUCAGACAACAGAAUCAAAUAAAGGGAAACAUAAAAUUGUCAAGAGUAAGGCUUCUAGAGGUAACAGAGAAGAAUUGCCUUCUUGUCAGGAAAAUUUUCAUGAGAAUCGAACAGACAACGAAAGUAAGAAAAGAGAUAAGUUGAAAGAGGAAAAUUUUCAUGAGAAUCGAACAGACAACGAAAGUAAGAAAAAAGAUAAGUUGAAAGUUGAUCAAACUGGGUGGUCUGAAAGUGGAAGUCUGAUGAAAAGCUUGUUUGGGGGUGAGAAUGGGAGCAUGCCGAAUGAAAACCGACGAUUGAGAAAGAAAAAGAAUGAAAAUGAUUCAAAAGCUGUUAAACAAGAAUUGGACAAGGAAGAUGUUAGUGAUCACAACAAAGAUUCUGAAGUCAAGAAAGAAUCUUGUCUUGAUAAUAAUGUCGACGAAUCAAAACAUAAAACGUCUCAUGCUGUAGCAGCUGAGGCUAUUAGUGACAAAAGAAAAGAGCAAAAGUGUAAAGCUGAAAAAUCGGAAGGAAUUAAAAAGAAGAGAAAACUGAAAGAUGAGCGAGUUGGUGCCUCAGAGGAGUGCCCGUCUCCAGCGGAGAAGAAGGCCAAACCAAGUCCCCCUAAGUUUGAGCUUCCAAUGGAACAAUGUUUGAUUCACGGGCGAUUUCGUUGCGCGGCCUGCAAGUCGUUCUUUGAAGUGGAUGGGCGAUGGCCUGGCUGGGCAAGGCGUGGUGAAGUUCGAUACCGAUGGGAAAAGGAAGACAGCACGCGAAAGAAUCGCAUGACCGUCAAAUGCAGGAUUCAUCUCCGAGCAAAAUGUCCAAAAUGUCUUCCCUUUAGAAGUAAAAAAGGAAUUUGGCCAUCAUACUUGCGAAGGGAAGAAGUAGAAAUGAAAUAUGAAAUGAUGAUAAAAAAGAAUGAAACGGAAGAGGGUGAACAAGAAGAGGCGCCGGAGAACAAAAGCGAUUCUCGGAAAUCAAAGAAAUGUAGUGAAGUGCAGAUCAAGGAAAAACAAAACGGGAAGAAGGAAGUGAUGCGUCGAAAACCGGAAGAUGCUCGUGAUGGAAAGGAUGAAGAGCAGGGGACUUCAAGGAGAGGAAGAAAACGGAGCAAGGCGAAAAAUGGCGAUUUUUGUAUCAUUCACGAAACAGCUUUUUGUCUAUUGUGCUAUGAACUUAAGCUGAAAUUAGGAUAUUGGCCUCCAAAUGUUAAGGCUGUAAAGAAGAACAACAGAAGGCGACUAAAGGAAAAGGCACUCACUGUUGAGCAGUGGAAGAAAUGUGUGAUACACCAAGAUAAACUAUGCCUUCAAUGUUUUUAUUUUUGGGAGCGAGAGGGAAGAACCCCAGAUGCUGCUGAUGAAAAGCGAGUUACGGAAAUGCAAGAAGAGCUGGAGGCAGACAUCGGUCACAAAAAGUGCGAUGUACAUGGGCAUUACAUGUGUCCUUCUUGUGUUCCUGUAUACAUUACUGAAGGAGAGCUGCCAUCCAAAGAAGACCAUUUGAAUUCGAUUUACUCAUGGAAGUUGUUUGAGGGCAUGGCGACACAAGAAAGUUCUAGUAAAAAACAGAAUGAAACCAAGAAGAAAGGUCCACAACAGCAAAAGGUUGCUAAGUAUUCAAUGAAGGUCGCUAAGAAAUAUUAUUGUGUGAUACAUCACGUGUAUCCGUGUUUUAUCUGUAUGCCGAAAUUCAUCGAAAAUGGCUCUUGGCCUAAUGAAGAGAAAAGUGAAAUUACUGAGCAAUGGCCGAAAGAAAGAAUUGAAAGCAUUAAGUGUUCGGAACAUAACAAAAUGUUCUGCAGAAGAUGCAACAAGAUGCACAUUCUUUUUGAGAAGUAUGCAGUCCCAGGGGUAACGGAUCAGUUUCGGACCAUGGUAAUGGAGAAUAUGAAGUCGCGACGUGAUGAAAUGAAGAAGAAAGCGAGAAAUAACAUGGCCAAAGGCAGAAUACCGUUUGAGCAAAGAGAGUUGUCAGCUGUGAAAGAACGUAAGAGAAAACGGGGAAAUGAAGAAAGCAGCCACAAAGAUGAGGAGUUCGAUGAAAAGAGCAAUUUAUCCGUAAGUUUUAGUGGUCGAGUGAGAAACAUGGUUUCAAGGCCGGGAACAGUUGACAUCUCGAAACUUGCUGAUGAUUUCAUUGAAAGAGGAAGUGAAAGCGGAACUGGAAUUGGAAACACAGAUUUCAAGAAUCCCGAGAAAGUAAAGGCAAAAGCGAAAUCAGUAAUGGGAAACGAGACCGAAGUACCGAUAAAGAGAAAAAGGGGAAGACCACCAAAAAGGCGUUUGGAAGGGGAAGACCCUGUUCCGAAGAAGAAGAAGAAAUUUGCUUUGAUAGACAAAUUACGAGAUGGAUCGAUCAAAAUAGUUAAUGUGGAGGAUCUUUACGAGCAGCUGCGAAGCGAAAGACCAAGAGACCCUAGUCCAGCCCAUUUAGAGUAUAUUCAAUUUCUUGAAAAUGCUGAAAAAAUGAAUGUUAAAUAUUUUGCUAUCCAUGAUGAAGAAAAAGGCGCCUUGAAGGCGGGUGAUCUGAAAAAAGAUGAAACCCAAGCAACUGUUGCCGAAAAUUCAAAGCAAGUCAAAGAAAAUACUGACAAGGAUACACACGAUGAAGAGGCUGCGAGUGUAGUGCAAGAUGAAAAUGUCGACGAAACUGAGCAAGAUGUGAGCGAAAGUAAAGAGAACACAGCAAAUGAGACUUCUGGGAUUGCAACGAAAAUUGGUGGCCUUGACAGCUGGUCGGAAAAGCACGUCGCGUUAAUCAUCGAAAGAGUUGAAAAAGCUGCGAAGGCGGCAAAACAGCAGAAAGAGGCUGCCUCGCAAAAGAGAAAGCACAAGAAGUGCAAGAAACCAUUGACCGUUGCGCAGGUUCUGGCAAUUAAGCGGAGCAAGGGAGCUGAUGCGAUGCCUGUAAUGGACAAGGGUAUGCAGAAGGAUUUAGAGAAAAUGCUGGUGGAAGCAGGCAGACGAAAAGUAGAUUUAGAUACAGUUUUGGAAGAAGCAUUAAAGGCCAAAGAUAAAAAAGCUGGUAUGAAGAAGAGAGGCAGAAAACCAGUGUUGCACAAGACGGAAACGUUUCUUCAAGAGCGACCCUGCAGCCAGACGCCGAAGCUUCCUAAAUGCAGGGAUUGCCGAAUCGUGGAUAAACGUGAUGCCGAUCAGCAUGCAUUCUGCCGAUUCGUCAUGUUCCGAAGGUUGUCGAGGAAGUUAAAAACUGGCAAAUUGGAAAGUGCUGGCUUUUGUUCGCCACAAGCUGCUACCCUCGACGCGUUUGUUCCUUGGACCUCUAAGGCGAAAGAUGUUGAUAUGAGGGUAGCUGUUUGCCAUUAUAUCAUUAAGAACAUCGCAGGACAAUUCUGUGCUGUUGUCGAGGAAGAGUGCAAUGCUCUGCUGCUUGGAACCAAGGAUGGUGCAGUUGGCUGGAAAAGAGCUGUCGCUGGUGUGCGUGAGAUGUGUGACGCAUGCGCAACGACCAUCUUCAACAUUCACUGGGUGUGCGAGAAGUGUGGGUUCGGAGUCUGCUUAGACUGCUAUCGUAGCAAGAUUACAGAGCAGGAAGUCAAGGAUGAAGGCGACACGACGUUUGAGUUUCAUUGGAUCAGUUGUGCACCAGGCCUAGCUCACAAGCCUCGAAAUAUGACGGUUACCCAAAUUAUUCCUGAAAAUGCCUUAUGGGAACUGUGUCAGUCAACAAUCGACAUUUGCACUGCUCUUGGGGUGCCGUUUAAAUUAUCAGAAAACGUUUUGAAAAUGGCGAUGCCUUUGCGUGAGGCUCAAGAAAAGAUGACCCCGCCAAAAAGCAUUUCCUUAAUUUCGCACAUGGAAGACGUAUGUGUUGGAUCACCGACACUUUCUGCCUCGAAUUCAAACGAAAAUACUGAUCAGCUGGUCUUUCCAAGGUUCGUCAAUGACUCUGAGAUCAAGAAAAGCCAAUCCCAGGCGGAUAUUGCUACGCCAACCAAGGAACUGAUAAUACCUAUUGAGAAACCCAAUGAUAACAACGCAGAAUUGACUGUCCCUAGUUCUAUUAGCCCUUGCUUGAGUUGCACAGAUAAUGAAUCACGUAAUCGAAUCACCACUGUUAAUAGUGAAUGUGAUACUAUCACAAAUGACCCUUCGAAGAUGCAAGAAAACUCUUCUUCAGGCAAUGCGAAUUUUGUAAGCAAAGAAAGAGAAACACCCGCCAAUAUUAUCACGUCAAUUGUGACGACGGUUAAAAGUGAAACAUCGGAGGAGCCUAUCAAAGAAACAGUCGUAGGCGAUGAAAACGGAUUGAUCAAAAUACAAGAGUUGUUACCUGGAAGCAUUGAAGAUGCUGGAGAAAAGACGCUUAAAGAAGAGAAUGGCAUUGUGUUAAGUGGAUUUGCAGGAUCGUCCAAAGAAGUUUUUGACAAAGAGGUUGUCGAGGAAAGUAAUCAAUUACACGUUUUAGCCAGCUGCGAGGAUGGCGGGAAAAUUGGUCAACACAUCAAGGAAGAGGUGAAUGCUGGGAAUGAAAAUGAACAUGUAGAAUCACGUGACGAGAAAGCUUACGAGUACUACCAUGCGAUAUGUGAAACAGCUUUAUCGGUUGCCCGUGCUAUCCAAACCUGGAAAGAUGCUAGUGAAAAGAUGGUUGAGCCAGGCGAAUUUUCGGGUUGUGAUGAAUAUUUUUACGAAAAGCCGGAAAUCUCAGAGUCAGGCUGCGAGGGGGUGAUCAGAGACACAGAAACUGGCGAUCAAGGCGACUUGGACAUUGGUGGCGAUGAAAAAGGAGUAGAAGAACCUUCUUCGGCAAAUGAAGGAAAAUCAGCAAGGAGCGAAAACUAUUUCGGAAAUAGCCUUGAUAUUUUAGCAAUGGUUGCUUCGGGGAUUUUUGAUCAAGACAGCAAGAAAGACAACAACUCCAAUGAUCAAGACGAAAAUACGGUUAAGGACGAUAAAACUGUCAAGUCCCCAAGUUUACACCCAGAAACAUUUGUAAAAAGUGUUGCAAGGGAUUGUCCAGUUGCUAGCUACUUGUGCGAUGGAGCGUUGCUGCAGCUCAACUAUUCGAGGCACCCUGAGAAUGUGAGGCUGUUCCGAAAUGUUUGGAAAAAGGGCUUUCCUCUAAUCGUCAGUCGAGUUGACGAGUUGAUGGAUAAAAGCUUGUGGAGACCGGAGUCUUUUGCAAAUGAAUUUGGAUCUGAGUUGGUCGAUGUUGUCAACUGUCGCAGUGGACAAAUUUUGCAUCAGUUUUCAGUCGGUGAUUUCUGGGAAGGAUUUGAAUCAGUUAAAGAUCGCCCUGUUGAUUCGCAAGACCUUCCAAUGCUGCUGAAGCUCAAGGACUGGCCACCGGGAGACGAUUUCCGUGAUAAAAUGCCAAAAAGAUUUGAAGACUUGAUGAACGCCAUACCGUUGCCGGAUUAUACCAGAAGAGACGGACAAUGGAAUCUCGUUUCAAGGCUUCCAACCAACCACUUCAUAAAACCUGACCUUGGUCCAAAGAUGUACAAUGCAUAUGGUUCAGCUGCUGUGCCUAGCGCUGGGACAACCAACCUUCAUCUUGAUAUGUCAGAUGCCGUCAAUGUCAUGGUUUAUGUCGGCGUGCCACGUGACCCAUUGCUUGGAGAUCAGGAGAAAGAAGAUGCCUUGAAAACUGUAGAAAUAGCCUGCUGUGACAAAACCAUUGAGCGAGUCCGUCAACCAGAUGUCUUACCGGGAGCAUUGUGGCAUAUUUACGCUGCUGAGGAUGCUGACAAGAUUCGAAAGUUCCUCAGAAAGGUUGCCGAAGAGCGAAAACUCAAGUAUUCCAUCCACAACGACCCAAUUCAUGAUCAGAGCUUCUACCUGGAUCACGAGCUGCGAAAGAGGCUCAAAGCCGAGUUUGGCGUGACUGGAUUCGCCAUUUGUCAAUGCCUUGGUGACGCUGUUUUCAUUCCAGCUGGUGCACCUCAUCAGGUCUUAAACCUGCACAGCUGUGUGAAAGUGGCAGAAGACUUCGUAUCACCAGAGAGAAUUGGGCAAUGCUUUAAUUUAACCCAAGAAUUCAGAUAUCUGUCCGAUCGCCAUACAAAUCACGAGGAUAAACUACAGGUGAAAAAUAUCAUCUACCACGCUGUUAAAGACUCGGUUUCUGUAUUAAAAGAAAGCCUGAAGAGGCAGAACAAGAAUGAGCUAUGAUUAUUAAGAUACCAAUUUGGAAAGUAGUGGACUGCAAGGCUCCUAGGCGAAGAAAGAGCACUCCGUGACGUAAUAGCCCUGUGGGACAUUGUUUAAAGCAAGCAGAAUGUUCACUGAUUAUUUUUUAACGAACUAAGUCGAAUUAUUUGUGAUGCAACCAAUAGUUAUUUCUAGCUCUGUUUUUGUAAUAAAUCUGAUAUAUGGCACAUCAUUUGUACAAUAAAUUAUGUUGCUAUGCAUGACAAAUUAAUUAAUUCUUAAAAGUAACGAACCAGAUUUAACAUUUAAAAACCCUAUAAUAUGAAUAGACCAAACGAAAUUCCACGCUUCUCUACAAUGGAAAAACGCCAUACAAUCACCACGUUUACUGUUUAUUUGCUCUGCGGAAGCAAGCGGACAUGUCACGUUUUGCAUAAAUAAUUUUGUUUGGUUUGCUUCGAGCAGGCAUUUAUAAAUUGGCCUUAGCUUUAUAAUUUUUCGUUUUGUUUGAUGUACCUGAUGCAAUUCAAUAGCUGUACAACAAAAAGUUUUAUGAUAUUGAUAUUAUUAAUGAUUUUGUAUUAGUUUGAUCGUAAAUUCAUCGCAGUUUUGAAAAUAAAUUUUGAAUUUUGUUCAAAAGCAACUGCUUCCUUUCGAUUCAA